GCUUCUAGACAGCGUUUAGUGUUUAGUUUCAAAUUGCAAGUCGCAUUUCGAGCUUAUAGGAAACAUGAAGUGGUUAUCGUUGGCUUUUCUCCUCGCUUUGUUGGCACUCGCAAGUGCUAAUCCACUGCAACCGGGAAAUGUAAUCAUCAAUGGCGAUUGUAAAUACUGCAAUAUACGUGGCGAUUAAUUAAUUCAACAACCAGCCAGUGAUUGCUAUUUAUGUCGAUUGAAAUAAUAAGGGAAAUUUAAUUAAAA